AUGAGGGGCCGCAGGGGCGAUCGCAUGACCAUCAACAUCCAGGAGCACAUGGCCAUCAACGUGUGCCCCGGGCCCAUCCGGCCCAUCCGCCAAAUCUCCGACUACUUCCCCCGCCGGGGACCAGGACCUGAAGGGGGCGGUGGUGGAGGGGGCUUUGGGGAGGCCCCUGCUCGGCUGGCCCCCCUGGCCCUGGCCCCCCCUGCAGCCCUCCUUGGGGCCACCACGCCCGAGGAUGGAGCUGAGGUGGACAGCUAUGACUCGGAUGACGCCACCACCCUGGGCACGCUGGAGUUUGACCUUCUCUAUGACCAGGCCUCCUGCUCUUUGCACUGUAGCAUCCUCAGGGCCAAGGGCCUCAAGCCCAUGGAUUUCAAUGGCCUGGCCGACCCCUACGUCAAGGUGCACCUGCUGCCUGGAGCCUGCAAGGCCAAUAAGCUAAAAACGAAGACUCAGAGGAACACUCUGAAUCCCGUGUGGAAUGAGGACCUGACGUACAGUGGAAUCACGGAUGAUGACAUCAGCCACAAGGUGCUCAGGAUCUCCGUGUGUGAUGAGGACAAGCUGAGCCACAACGAGUUCAUCGGAGAGAUCCGAGUACCCCUCCGCCGCCUCAAGCCUUCACAGAAGAAGCAUUUUAAUAUCUGCCUUGAGCGCCAGGUCCCGCUGGCGUCACCCUCUUCCAUGUCGGCAGCGCUGAGGGGCAUAUCCUGUUACUUGAAGGAGCUGGAGCCGGCGGAGCAGGGCCCGGGGCUGCUGGAAGAACGAGGGCGCAUCCUGCUGAGCCUCAGCUAUAGCUCUCCACGCCGGGGGCUCCUGGUGGGCAUCUUACGCUGUGCCCACCUGGCUGCCAUGGACGUCAAUGGCUACUCUGACCCCUAUGUCAAGACGUACCUGAGGCCAGACGUGGAUAAGAAAUCCAAGCACAAAACAGGCGUGAAGAAGAAGACUCUCAACCCGGAAUUUAAUGAGGAGUUUUUCUAUGAGAUGGAACUCUCAGCUCUGGCCACCAAGACUCUGGAAGUCACCGUCUGGGACUAUGACAUUGGCAAAUCCAACGACUUCAUUGGUGGCGUGUCCCUGGGCCCUGGUGCCCGGGGAGAGGCCCGAAAGCACUGGAAUGACUGUCUGCAGCAGCCAGACACAGCCCUGGAGCGCUGGCACACCUUGACCAGCGAGCUGCCCCCUGCCGCCGGGGCUCUGCCCUCAGCCUGAGCUAGGCGAGCAGCUGCCAGCACAGGGCCCUCAGGGCUGGGUCCAGUACCCAACCUUCGCACGAGUGUGUUGCACGUUUACACGGGGUGGAUGUCCCGCCCCGCCCCGCACUACCUGUCUUAUUUCGUGAGAAUCUCUCUCUGUGACUGUGGGUCUGUCUUCUGUGAGGGACUGUGGAGAUGUGUAUUCACAUAUGCAAACUUCCUCCUGCCUGACUCGCUACUACAUGCAAAUAUGCAAACCACCAUCCUGUGCACACCUGCAGGGGGCGUCCUGCAGGGCCCCUGCCCCAGGCCCAGCCGCUGCUUCUCUCUGGCCUCUCCAGGCU